AGGUUGCGCCUCAGAAAUCUGGAUUGGGAAAUUUGUAGGUUUGAAAACAGCUGUUAGAUUUCAGAAUUAUCCCAGAAGAGGAAGUUAUUGGGUGAGGACGGAGAGAGACCUCUUUAGUUUGUGGCAGUGGCUGGAAAAACGUGGCUAACAGUUGGAAAAACAGCAGGAGAAGGAACGACGUUUGGGGUUGGGGGUUUGAAGUCGCCACGGAGAUCAAGGUAUGGCUUCAGAGGACCACAUGUUCCUUGGUUUAUGAAAGGUUGGGUAUAGCAAACUGCUGUGUCAUUUCAUGUGGCAGAAAGCAAAAUAUCUCCUGGUGCCAUAUUGAGUUGUGCAUUGCAAUUAUAUAACUGCAGAGGUGUUAAAGAGGGAGGCAGAAAGAGCUAAGAUGAAUGCAAAAGGGAUACUUUUUGUUCAAGGGCAAAAUUGCAGGUUGCUAUUAUGCUUAUGGAACUGUGUAAUCAGCUAUUUUUGCUGUGACAUACCCGACAAUCUGAAGAGCAUCUGAAAUUUUAUCAAAGGAGUUUAUUAUUAAUAGAUCUUUCCACGAUAUAUAGCGCUGCAGAACUUGAAAGCAAGGGUGAGGACCUUGCCUUGCACCUCAGCUCUGUCAUGGAUGAAGAGACUCAUCACAGCCUUGAAUGCAUCCAAGCUAAUCAGAUCGUCCCCAGGAAGCAGUUGAUCCGGGAGGAUGAAAAUCUCCAGGUACCCUUUCUUGAACUCCAUGGGGAGAGCACCGAGUAUGUGGGCCGAGCGGAUGACGCGGUCAUUGCCCUGUCCAACUACAGGCUUCACAUCAAAUUUAAGGAGUCUGUGGUGAACAAUGUCUGUAAAUUUGCUGCUUAUGAGAUCUCAGUCCCGUUGCAGCUCAUAGAAAGUGUGGAAUGCCGGGAUAUUUUCCAGCUUCACUUGACCUGCAAAGAUUGCAAAGUUAUCCGGUGCCAAUUCUGUACUUUUGAGCAGUGUCAAGAGUGGCUGAAGCGGCUGAACAACGCCAUCCGGCCCCCCUCCAGGAUAGAGGACCUUUUCUCCUUUGCGUACCAUGCCUGGUGUAUGGAGGUAUACGCGAGUGAGAAGGAGCAGCAUGGGGAUUUGUGCCGCCCAGGAGAGCACGUGACGUCGAGAUUCAAAAACGAGGUGGAGCGGAUGGGUUUUGACAUGAACAAUGCCUGGCGGAUCUCCAACAUCAACGAGAAGUACAAGCUCUGCAGUAGCUACCCUCAAGAACUCAUAGUGCCGGUCUGGAUAACGGACAAAGAGCUGGAAAGUGUGGCCAAUUUCCGAUCUUGGAAACGCAUCCCUGUGGUGGUUUACAGGCACCAGAACAACGGGGCAGUCAUUUCUCGCUGUGGGCAGCCCGAGGUCAGCUGGUGGGGCUGGAGAAACGCCGACGACGAACAUCUUGUCCAGUCAGUGGCCAAAGCCUGUGCCUCCGAUUCCAAGUCGAGCAGCGGUAAACUUAUGAAUGGGAACUGCUCACGAGAGUUCUCCAAUGGGGGAGACGUUUCUGAUGCAGAGUUUGAUUCUUCCAUCUCCAAUGCUUCCGGAGCAGAAAGCUUAGCCAUCCAGCCUCAGAAACUUUUGAUCUUAGAUGCACGCUCCUACACAGCCGCAGUCGCCAACAGAGCCAAAGGAGGGGGCUGUGAAUGUCCAGAGUAUUACCCAAACUGUGAAGUGGUGUUCAUGGGAAUGGCCAACAUCCACUCUAUUCGGAAGAGCUUUCAGUCACUGAGGUUGCUCUGCACGCAGAUGCCAGACCCGGGAAACUGGCUGUCGGCUCUGGAGAGCACCAAGUGGCUCCAGCAUCUCUCUGUGCUUCUCAAAUCAGCCCUCCUGGUGGUUCACACAGUGGACAGAGACCAGCGGCCUGUGCUGGUCCACUGCUCCGAUGGCUGGGAUCGGACCCCGCAGAUCGUGGCUCUGUCCAAGCUGCUGCUGGAUCCGUAUUACAGGACCAUUGAGGGUUUCCAAGUGUUGGUGGAGAUGGAAUGGCUGGACUUCGGCCAUAAGUUUGCAGACCGCUGUGGGCACGGCGAGAAUUCAGACGACCUCAACGAACGCUGCCCGGUGUUUCUGCAGUGGCUCGACUGCGUCCAUCAACUCCAGAGGCAGUUCCCCUGCUCCUUCGAGUUUAAUGAAGCAUUCCUUGUCAAGCUGGUGCAACACACCUACUCCUGCCUCUUUGGUACAUUCCUGUGCAACAACGCGAAGGAGAGAGGCGAGAAGCACACCCAAGAAAGGACCUGCUCGGUGUGGUCCCUGCUACGAGGAGGAAACAAAGCCUUCAAAAACCUGCUUUACUCCUCCCAGUCUGAAUCUGUGCUGUAUCCUGUGUGUCAUGUGCGCAACUUAAUGCUGUGGAGUGCCGUGUACCUGCCUUGCUCCUCACCUUCCACCCCUGUGGAUGACACCUGUGCCCCUUAUCCAGUCGCUGGCUCGAACCCUGAGGAUCAGCCUCUGAGCAGACUCCCAAAGACCAGGUCCUUUGACAAUCUGACCACAGCCUGCGACAGCAGCCUACCAACCCCUAACCGGCGGAGUAGCGACCCCAGCCUCAAUGAGAAAUGGCAGGAACAUCGCCGAUCCCUGGAGCUCACCAACCUCGGGAACCCGGGAGAUGACCUGUUUGACGGCGAAAGUUUGGCCAAACCAGGCAGGACUCUGAUGGGAGCAGAGUUUUCGGUAGCUGUGGCCGAGGGGCAGAUAGAAAACAUCUUGCAAGAAGCCACCAAAGAAGAAGGGAACCUUGAGGAGAAUAUGAGAUUUGGCCAAGAGAGGGCAGGGAAGGAAGGAGAAGGGGGUCUCACACGAGACAAGGAACACAGGACUGAACCCCCAGCUGGUUCUGCGACUAACAGCGUUUGUGAAAAAUCCAACCCGGAUGGAGAAACCUUGUUAGACAAUCCAGUUUCUAAUCAACAGCUGGUAUCACAGGGUGCUUCUGAGCUUCAAGGCCCAGAGGAGGGGCACCCAGCUGUCCCUUGCACGGUCCAGAAGCCAACUCAGGGGGGAGAGCUACCGCUUGGCUUUUGGGACAAUCCUGGAAAUAGUGAAGUUUCACGAGAGGAGGAGGAGGAGGAGGGUGUUAAUAGAAGUUCAGCAGAAGCUGAAAACGCCCCCAGUCCUGCCCAUCCCAUCCCACCAUGGCCUGUAGGACUUGAGGCAGCCCCACCAAAUAUGGAGAGCUCAACAGAGACCUUAACAGAGACGGGAGCCAGGGCAGAAAGGAUACAGCCCAGGUCUCCCCGUUUACGUCCUCCCACUGCGGCCAGCAGCAUCGAUGAACUUUCCCAGAUGGAAGAUCAUUGGCCGGAGAGGGAGGGCUUAGUGGACGCUCACAAGCUGGCCGCUGCUCUAAAUAGGACUCCUUACAGCAGCAACCCUUCCCCAUGUGCCUUGCCUUUAACUGACUUUAAAGAGGUGGUCUGCAAUGGAGACCUCGCCUCCGAGAACAAGAUGGCUGAGAGCCCGGCGGGCUUUGCCGCUCCCCAGAAACACGUGUCGCCCAACGGGCACUGCGUGAACGGGGAGGAGAUCAGGGCGAAGGUUCCCCUCAGCCGACAGAUCUCUGCCGCCAGCCGCAGCUCCACCCCGCUGCAUCUGAGGAACGUGCACCACAAGUGGGUUCACACCAUCCCGGGCCGGCAGCAGGUGGCGGGCAGCCCGGACCAGCCUUCCCGGAAUCACCUGGAUGACGAUGGGAUGCCGAUCUAUGCCGAUGUCAUUCAGCAGCGCCUCCGCCAGAUUGAAAGCGGGCACCAGCAGGAGGUGGAGAGCCUGAAGAAGCAGGUGCAGGAGCUGAGGAGCCGGCUGGAAAGUCAAUAUCUGAACAGCUCGCUGCGCUUCAACGGGGAGUACGGGGACGAAGUGACUUCAGUGCCCGACUCAGAAAGCAAUCCGGAUCACAACUGCUUGUCUCGCUGCAGUACAGAGAUUUUCUCUGAGGCCAGCUGGGAGCAGGUGGAUAAACAGGACACAGAGGUGACACGGUGGCUCCCCGAUCACCUGGCUGCGCACUGUUACGGCUGUGACAGUGUCUUCUGGCUGGUCAGCAGAAAACACCACUGCAGGGACCCCGAAUGUGUUGAUCAGACUUGGAAUUGUGGAAAUGUGUUUUGCUCCAGCUGCUGUAACCAGAAGGCGCCAGUCCCCAGCCAACAGCUCUUCGAACCCAGCCGGGUCUGCAAAACCUGCUACAGCAGCUUGCACCCCAGCAGCUCCAGCCUUGACCUCGAACUGGACAAGCCCAUUGCUGCCACCUCAAACUGAGGCUCCAGCCUGGAAGGAAAGCUGGGAGGAAACAAAGCUGCCUUUGUCCCUUGAGGAAGACACACCAAUUCCCGGUGGACUGAAGCUGGUAGGAUGGGAGGAGCUGUGCACUUUGAGCUGGAAGUACAGGUUACUGCUCAGAGGGAAGAGGACGAUGGGUAGAUAGAUCCUGGCUGGGUAGAUAGAUCCUGGCGGAGCAGUCCUUCCCCAUUGUUACUACUCCUUCCCUUUCCUUCCUUCUCAUGUAAAUUUAGUGUGGAUUUUGCAGGAAGGCCAUGAAAGGGGUCUAGUGGGGGGGGUCGCUCUGCCCUGUCGUUGAACUGCACCAUCGAACUGCACCGCAGGCAGGCUGUCCUCCCUUACCGAGAAGAGGGGAAGGUGAAUUGCCAGAGAGAUUGUGAAUACCUGUAGCAUUAGGACUAGAGCUUUCAGUCACUCCUGUGACUUCCCAGCAGCCCCUUUGCUGUUUGGAGAGUUGUUGCUGCUAGAAGAAACGGAAACGGCCUUCUCAAAGGGACUCUCCCCCGCUCUGUCCUGUAGGGUGGGCUGCAUUGUUCCCGUCGCCCGAAUGCAAGGGGUGGGUUGCCCGUCUCCACACUGGGCACUCCUCUGUGGCCCAGGGCAGAGAAGCCUGGGUCACUUGGCUAAGAAGAUGCCUGCUUGCUUUGAGGGAGGCGAGAGGGGAAGGGGUGGCUUUAAACCAGCACACACGCCCCCCCCCAUGUAAAAUUCUGUACAUCCAUUUUUAUUUUUAUUUUGUAAAGGAAUUGGUGCCUAGGCUUGAAGGUAGCUUUUAAAAUGCCUCUCCUUGCCGCCGCCCCCUCCCCCAAUUUUAAACCUAGUUUACACAGAAAGCAGAGCUGCUUCACUGCACUCGGUAGGCUAUGUGCAGCGGCAGGUGGCCGUUGCACAUAGCAUUGAGGUGUCCUUUUCACAAAACAACCCCGUAAAGCUAGAGUGGGAUGGUUUUCCUUUGCUCUAGAGCUGGCUAGGAAAGGUGGGUUUGCUGGUGCCCCCCAAAUGAGGCGUUGGGAAAAGAGGUGACCUGUCCAGAGCUGUUUUCCUCCUGCUAAAUUAGCUUGGUUAAUGUUGCCCCAUAAACCUUCGAUAGAGUCCUCCUAUUUUUUUCUAAGUUUUGUAUUUUCCCCCUCACUCUCUCUCUAAUGGUUUUGGAAUGGGAGGAAGAAUUAUAGUAGAGAGUUUAUAAUCUGCAAUAAGAUGCCUGAAUCCAUCCAGAAUCAUUUCUCUUCUUUUGGUCCUCAUAUGCUUAGAUCGGUACAUGCAAUUCCUUCCUUUCUGCGUCACCACACUUCAAACACCUUCCAUACACCACCUCUGCAACAUUAGUUUUCAUGCAAUACAGAUCUACACACUGUCCUUGAGUACCAGGUGGGAGGUCCCCGCACCCUGAAUUGCCAUAAGCUCACAAUCCUGGCAUGAAUAAAGAACAAGCUACAUAACAGAAGGAACAAGAAAAACCACAACUAAGCUGUUCUCAGCGUUUGUGCUGUAAUAACUAGACUGGUUUAGUAAACCUGUUUGCCAAGGAGAAAAUAAGAAAAGUGAAAGAUACACUUGUAAAGAACAAAAUAAUACAGGGGAGACAUGGAAAAAUAAGGAACCAAAUUCCAGGAAGGCAUAGCCAGAGGCGCUUCCUCGUUCACACAGACGGGGUAAUGCCUUGGCACCCUUUGUCUUCUUCCAACUGGGAGAACUGGUACAAAAUUUCAGUGUGGGAUUUUUAUUUUUUUCAUAAAGAACGGAACGCUCUGGGAAAAUCGGCAGAGGUGUACAGUUCCAGGUUGGGAAUGUGGAAACAGGUUAUUGAAGGGACAUACAGAACGCUGGCUAAUCUCUGCUUUUCCAGUGCUAACUGGUAUGCAGCGAGACAUUUUCAAACAAACAAACAAACAAAGCAGAAUAAUAAAGGGGAAAUGGUAUUGUGUGAUGCAGUGAGCCAGUGUGGUUUUAUGGUACAAACAGAGGGCGAAAGGUCUCACGUUCAGUGGUUCGCAAUAGGUGCCAAGUGGUUCCAAUACGGGUUUUCGGGGUCUGUGAUGUACAGUGUGAAUAAAACGCUUGCAGCUCUUAGUCUUUUGAA